AAUUUCGAUCUUUCUUGUAGCUUAAAAAAAAAGAUUGUGUACGGACAUGUGCUUGUAAUAUCUGGUGAUUAAUGAGAAGGCUAGCUUAUAAAAGACAGAUGUAUACAAGCACAAGCACUCUUUCUAGCCUCACUCUUACAAAAAGAAUCUGAUAGACCUUCACCAUAUAUAUCUAACCAUAGAUCUCUGCUUCUCUUGUGAUCUUGUCUGCAACCCACUCUCUCUCCCUCUCCUUCAAGCUUCUCCAAGCACCUGAAGAGUACAGGAGGAAAACCUAGCUGGAAAACAUGUUAAAAUUACCAGAACUUCCAGAUUGUUUCUAUCAAAACCAGCCAUCCUUAAUCUGCCCAAGCAGCCCAACACCAAAGCAUUCUCUGUAUCUUUCCAAUCUUGAUGACCAAAAGUUCUUAAGAUUCUCCAUUAAAUAUCUCUACCUCUUCAAGAAAUCUAUAAGCCUAGAUAUCUUGAAAUACUCACUCUCCAAAGUUCUUGUGCAUUACUACCCUUUAGCUGGGAGGUUGAGAGCCAGCACAGAAGUUGAUCAAAAACUUGAGAUUGACUGCAAUGGAGAAGGUGCUGUCUUUGCUGAAGCUUUCAUGGAUAUCACUGCUGAAGAGUUCCUUGAACUUUCUAAGAAACCAAACAAGUCCUGGAGAAAACUUAUGUAUAAAGUGGAAGCUCAGAGUUUCUUGGAUAUUCCUCCUCUUGUAGUUCAGGUGACGAAUCUCAGGUGUGGAGGGAUGAUUGUGUGCACCGCGAUCAAUCACUGUGUAUGUGAUGGCAUCGGCACAUCACAGUUCUUACAUGCAUGGGCCCAGAUCACCGCAAAAUCGAAUCUUGAUCUGGCAAUCGCGCCAUUGCAUACCCGCCACGUGUUAAGACCCCGAAAUCCCUCAGAAAUAACCUUCACUCACCCCGAAUAUGUCAGAAAUACCCCUAGAGAGAAUGGCCACUUGGACAUCGACAUCAACCAUUAUUUACAAUCUCAGCCACUGGUGCCAUCAUCCUUAACCUUCACCACCUCCCAUAUAAUCCACCUCAAGAGGCAGUGCGUGCCAUCACUGAAGUGCACCGCCUUUGAAGCCUUGGCAUCUCACACAUGGCGUUCUUGGGUUAGGGCACUGGACUUGUCGCCUUCGCUCAAUGUCAAGCUUCUUUUCUCUGUUAAUGUCAGGAAAAGGUUAAUCCCAGAAAUACAACAAGGGUAUUAUGGGAAUGGAUUUGUGCUAGGAUGCGCACAAACUAGUGCCAAGGAUCUGGUCGCUAGUAACAUGUGCCAUGGGGUCAAGUUGGUUCAGCAAGCUAAAUCAAGUUUAACUGAUGAUUAUGUGAGGUCAAUGAUUGAUUUGUUGGAGGAUAAAUCAGUUAAAACGGACCUUUCGAUGAGCUUGGUUAUAUCACAAUGGUCUAAGCUAGGGUUAGAGGAUGUAGAUUUCGGAGAAGGGAAGCCAUUGCAUAUGGGUCCUCUAUCAAGUGAUAUUUACUGCUUGUUUUUACCUGUUGUUGGUGAUUUUGAAGCUGUGAGAGUGCAGGUAUCAGUGCCAGAGAGUGUGCAUGAGAAGUUCGAGUAUUACAUGAAGGAAUGUUUGGGUAAGGAAGCAAACGGGGAUGCUAAUAUUGGGUAUCAUAUGGAAGAAAAUGGAUUCUGUUAAAAGAAGCUUGUGCGAUUUCUUUCUUUCUUCCUUCCUUGUUUUUAACCUUUAAUUAAUAAAACCAUGUGAAAUGAGAUCAAGUUAAUGUAAUUUGAGUAUUUGAUAAUGAAAUCUGACCGAUAGCGUGAA